CAACGUCAUGCUGCCAAGAUGAUAUGCUCCUUGCAGGAGCACCGAACCAGUUACCACAUCGUGGACGCAAAAACGGGCAGCGUAUCCUUACCCGAACCAAGCGAAGCAUCUCGCGACUCCACUCCGUUGUUCCCUCCCCUCGUGCUCCCCCAGGGGUACAUAAGGCAGUGCUCCCUCCCCGCAGAUCAUCCCCGGAUUUCACUUCCUCAGUGCCAUUGUCGGUAGCAACUCCUCCCUCCCGAUAAGACAACUGCAGCAGCCGCACGCGAUCAAACCAUGAAGUCCGCCGCCGGUGCCCUCGCCCUGGCGCUGCCCUUCGUGGCCGCCAAGGCCUCCUACGACGGCUACAAGGCCUUCCACAUCGAUAGCCACCACAGCUACGAGGCCCUGCAGGAGAAGCUGUCCGCCCUCCACGUCGUCGACAUUGGCUGCGGCGAUGACCACGACCACCUCGACAUCGCCGUCGCCCCGGAGGACAUUGCGGCCUUUGAGGCCCUCGGUCUCGACGCCUCCGUCGUCGCCCAGGACGUUGGUGUGGAGCUGGCCCGCGAGGGAGCUCUCAAGCCUUAUACCGCCACGGUCAAGGCCGCCGGUGAGGUCCCCGGGCUUCCCGAAAUGAGCUGGUUCGAGUCGUACCACGAGUUCGAAGACCACCUUCAGUUCCUCGAGGACGUCCAUGCCGCCUUCCCCAACAACUCGGAGACCUUCGUCGCCGGCGAGUCUCUGGAGGGCCGCCCUAUCUCGGGUAUCCACCUCUGGGGACGCGAUGGUCCUAACGCCCACGAGGCCAUCGUCUGGCACGGCACCGUCCACGCUCGCGAGUGGAUCGUCGCUCCGACCGUCGAAUACCUCCUUUACCAGCUUGUCGACGGCUACCAGAAGCGUACUUGCACUGCCGUCCGCGCCAUUGACAACUACGACUUUUACAUCAUGCCCGUCGUCAACCCCGAUGGCUUCGUCUACACCUACACCGACGACCGCCUGUGGCGCAAGAACCGCCAGCACCGCGAAGGCGCAACCUGCGUCGGCACCGACAUCAACCGUAACUGGCCCCACCACUGGGACGUCCCCGGCGGCUCCUCGCCGAACCCCUGCUCGGGCACCUACCGCGGCGAGGCGCCGGGCGACACGCCCGAGAUGGCCGUGCUGACGAACCACACGCUCGAGGUCGGCGGCCGCAACGGCCUGAAGCUCUUUGUCGACUGGCACGCCUACAGCCAGCUCAUCAUGCUGCCCUACGGCUACGACUGCAGCAAGGCGGCCGAGAACAACGACUACCAGAUGGAGCUGGCCGGCGGUGUCGCCGAGGCCAUCCGCAGCGUCGACGGCCGCGUUUUCGUCUACGGCCCGACUUGCCCUACCAUCUACCAGACCUCCGGUGUUAGCAUGGACUGGGCGUACGAUAUUGCCGGCGCUGAGCUGUCUUGGGGUUAUGAGCUGCGCCCUGCUAAUGCUCGGGAUGGUGGCUUCGUGCUGCCGCCUGAGGAUAUCCUUGUUUCGGGCCAGGAGCAGUGGGCGGGUAUCAAGCAUCUCCUCAACAACUUCUAAAUGGGUCUUGCCUCUUGACCCAGCCGGCACUACUUAUGGGAACAUGAAGGCUCAUGUUUUCGGGAGUGGGUUCACAUGUGGAUAGAAUACUUGAAACUGUCGCAAAAAAGAGCGCCAGAAAAUGCGCCAGGAAAUAGUGGAGGAGAAGGAAAUACCUCAAUUGCUUUGGCUGUCUCGAAUUCCGAAGGCUCAACCUGCU